CUAGAUGGCGCUUUUAGAUGGUAAAUACCGACAUGAUGGUAAUAUACCGAUAGUGUCGGUAAAAAAAACAUUUUCACUACAAAUUUGGGCGUUUUCCCACCGAUGACGCCACUGGUGCUAAAUUUCGCUCACUGAGCGGCUAAGUGAGCGUUAAUCGUUUUAUCAAUUUUAUGUAAAUGAAAACCAUAUCGUUAGCAUCCUCUGCCAAGAAAUUUGGUAGUUUGAAAAAAAUGACAGAUUCUGGAAAACCACCGUUACUUUUCGAAGUAUUUAGUGAAUGUCAAACAACAAAAGCUAGAACAGGAAGAAUGAGUCUCGUUCAUCAUCACGUAGAUACACCAGUAUUUAUGCCAGUAGGAACACAAGGCACUUUAAAAGGUUUACUUCCUCAACAAUUAGAGCAACUAGACUGUCAGAUUAUUCUUGGAAAUACAUAUCAUCUAGGAACAAGACCAGGUCUCGAUGUUUUAGAAAAAGCUGGGGGAUUACACAAUUUCAUGAAUUGGAAAAGAGCUUUAUUAACAGACUCUGGUGGUUUUCAGAUGGUAUCAUUAUUAGAACUUGCUAAAAUUACAGAGGAAGGUGUAAAGUUUAAAUCGCCGUACAAUGAAUCUGAUUGCAUGCUGACGCCUGAACACUCUAUACAAAUACAGAAUGUAAUAGGUGCAGAUAUAAUGAUGCAACUCGACGACGUGGUUAAAACUACAUUAACAGGACCAAGAGUAGAAGAAGCUAUGCACAGAACAAUUAGGUGGUUAGAAAGAUGUUUAGCAGCACAUCAGCGACCAAACGAGCAGAGCAUAUUUCCGAUUGUACAAGGAAAUCUGGAUCCUAAACUUAGAUCGGAAUGUGCAAAUCAAAUGAUUAAAUAUGAAGUCAAUGGUUACGCGAUAGGCGGAUUAAGCGGAGGAGAAAGUAAAGACGACUUUUGGAGAAUGGUACACCUUUCCACGGAUAUACUUCCAAAAGAUAAACCUCGUUAUUUAAUGGGUGUUGGAUUUGCGAUUGAUUUAAUUGUUUGUUCCGCGUUAGGAGUAGAUAUGUUCGAUUGCGUGUUUCCCACAAGAACUGCGAGAUUUGGCUGUGCAUUAGUACGUACCGGACAACUCAACUUAAAGACCAUUCAGUAUAGCAACGACAUGAGACCGAUAGAUGAGUCGUGUGAAUGUAGUACAUGUAAAACAUAUACACGGGCUUAUCUACAUCAUAUUGCAACGGUAGAAACAGUUGCAUGUCAUUUAUUAUCCGUUCAUAAUAUAGCGUUUCAAAUGACAUUAAUGCGAGAUAUUAGACAAAGUAUCAAAGAACAAAAUUUUCCAAGAUUUAUACAACAGUACAUGUUAGAUUUAUAUCCAAAUAAGGAAUAUCCUUCGUGGAUAAUCAAUGCCUUAGAAGCUGUUCACGUUAAAUUAUUAUAA